CACACAUAAUGCCCAGCUAAUCCCAGUGUUGACAGAGCAUGUGGAUAGUUCUGGAUGUCUGUUGUGUUAGUGUUAGUGCUGGUGAGCAUGUGACUUUGAAUGUUCAGUGAGCAAAAUCAAAAGCUUUAAUGCCAAUUUGAACGACUGCCAACAGACUUUACAGACCUCUCUCAGUUUGCCUCUCAAAUGACUAAGUGUACCAUGCAAGAAUAAUAAGAGCAAUAUCAUUUUAAUAUAAUCUGCUUGUGUGUGUUCAGGUUAUUCUCCAUCAGGCUUUCCCCUGCCACUAUUAUUUAUACAUGUAGAUGUGUUUUUGCAGGGUACAGGUCUGCAGUCAUGGCUGGCAAGCAGAAGCUUCUCUCACUGUGGGUUUGCCUGUUGCUUGUGGCAGCUCUGUGCCCAGGUGCACAGUAUGCAUACAGUAAGCGCGGCUUCAGGGGUAAAGGAAAAGGUGACGGCAGCAAAGAGUCUCCCUCCAAAAGCCAAGGCCUCUCCAAGCAGGGCCUGAAGUGGGCUGGAGCAGCAGCAGCCGGGGUGCUGGGCGGCACGGGCACUGGGUACGGGCUGGGGUUCCUCGGUAGGUCAAAGCACGGAUCUGGGAGUCACCACGGACACAAGACAGCUUCCUCUGAACAAGAUCGAGGGCUUUAUUACAACGAACGCCAAGGGUUUCGCAACCAGUCUCUCUGGAGAGCCUUUGUUAAUGCAGCUGCCCCGGCUCCCAUGACUAACAUCUUUCUCACCCUUGGACAUGUGGUGUCUUUCCUUAUAGCAGUCUGGAUAAGAGACAUUUGA